AUGGAUUUCGAAGGAGACAUAUUAGGCUACUUUGGUCGAAACAUCGUUGAAGAUUAUCACGGUGUUCUCAUCAAAAAGCUUCCCCAUAAACUUACAUUCCCGCUGAUAUCUGAAGGGCCCACGGGUACAGUCGGAAUUUUAGGCGCAGGAGUUGGAGGUCUAUAUACCGCCAUCAUGUUAGACUCACUGGGCAUCAAGUACGAGAUUUUGGAGGCUUCAGACCGCACCGGCGGCCGCCUCUUCACCUACCAUUUCCCGAAUGGCAAAGAAUACGAUUACUACGAUGUUGGCGCCAUGAGGUACCCCCUGCCGAAGAAGGACGCUCAAGGCAAAUACAAGGCUGGCGUUAUGAAGCGCCUGGGCGAGUUAAUCGACUACUCGAAGCUCAACGACAGUAAUUUCCAGGAACCUCUAAAAUCCAAACUUAUCGAAUACUACUACACGGCGAAGGCAGGAGGCACUUUCAUGUACUUCAACAAUCAACGUUACCAAGUCUCUGGUACGUCGCACCCUCCUGAGUUCCACGCCCGGGAAAUGGGUGUGGAGGCUGAAUACGUCAAUGUGGGCGUUGACAAUAUCAUCGCCGACGUCGUUACGCCAUUUGCCAACAUGCUCAUGAAGGACUUGGAGCAGCAUACCGAAAAGGGCUGGGAGGUUAUGAAGAAGAACGAUGUAUACUCGCUUCGCGCAUACAUGUCGUUCAAGUAUGUCCCUAGCGUCAGCCUCGACCUCCCGCCCAUGCACCUUACCACUAACACCAUCAAUUGGUGCGAGACAUUCGACAAGAGCACCGGUUGGUAUGACCGCGGUAUAACUGAAACGGUUCUUGAGGCGCUGGCAUUCGCCAAGGUCGGGUCGCAGACCUUUGGAGACGUAGAUUGGAAGUGUUUCAGAGGCGGUUCUCAAGUGCUCACCAACUACAUGACGGAAUAUAUUACUGCUAAGGGCACCAAUUCUCUAAUCCAGUUCAACAAGAGUGUUGCGAGCAUCUCUCAAGUCGGUACCACUGGCAUGACAGUUUCUGUAAGGGGCGAACCUACCCCGCGCACAUAUUCACACGUUAUAUCAACUCUCCCUCUGCCGCGCCUACGGACGAUUGAUCUCUCCGGUGCUGGUUUAAACGUGAUGCAGAGAAAUGCCUUGCAUAAGCUGCAGUACGGUCCUUCAAUCAAGGUUGGUAUCCGCUUCCAAUCAGCGUGGUGGACAGACCGGUUCGGUAUUGUAGGAGGCCAAUCAUUCACCGACCUUCCAAUUCGAACCAUUGUCUACCCCUCUUAUGGAGUUGAUUCUAGCUCGCCCUCCACAGUGCUGAUCGCGAGCUACUGUUGGACAAAUGAUGCAGAGCGCUUGGGAUCACUCAUCGGCACCGGUAAAACAGAGUACGACGAGCAACUGAAGGAACUCGUGUUGCGCAAUCUUGCAGAAGUACACAACCUCCCUUAUAGUUUCAUGUUGGAUCAGUGCGAGGACGUAUUUGCAUGGGACUGGAACCACGACCCGCUCACAAUGGGUGCCUUUGCUUUCUUUGGGCCUGGAGAUUUCCAGGAUUUGUACACGUCUCUCACUGUACCAAAUGCCAACAAGAGGUUGCAUAUCGCUGGCGAGGCCAUCAGCACCCGUCAUGCGUGGGUCGUCGGUGCGUUGGACAGCGCAUGGCGUGCGGUAUACGAAUACCUGCUCGCUUCCGGACAGCCUCAGUCUACCAUUGAUAAGUUUUUCGAGCUGUGGGGCUCGAACAUUGAAUGGGCAUCCUCAUCAGUCAACUAUACCGAUGGAGAGCAUAACACCCUGUUACGGGCCCACAUGGGAUACACAUAUGCUGGCGAAACAUGUGGGGAGGUGAAGUUCUGA